CUAAAAAUAUACAAUUUGUCAUUUUUAAAUGGUAAUUCAUUUCUAUUCCAUUCAAUUCGUCCUGACGGAUCAUAAAAUGGAAUUAAUACGAAUCCACGAAAAGGUAAUUCAUUUCUAUUCAUCUCAAUUUGGUUUCGUUUGCUGAGAGAUAUUUUUAUAAUUUUUUUUUUUUAAUUUAUAAGUAUUUUUGUACUUUACACAUUAUUAAUUUAAUAAUUAUUGUUUAAUUUAUCAAAAAUAUUGCAUAAAUUAACACUUUAAAUAUCCAUUUAUUACUAGCAAUAUAAUUGUUUUUACCAUUUUUUAUUGAUUUUUUGAAAUUUUUAUCCCCAAACCCAAUGUCAACUGAAUUGGGUUAGCAUUCGGUUUGCGCGAUCCACCAAGGAGGGUUGUUGCUACUGUGCGUACUACUUGUUACUAUGGUUACGUAUAGCUUAAUAACAAAACGCUGAUACUGUUUAUACACGUGGAUCUAAUGUCAGUUGCGUUUGAACUGCAUUGAAAAUAGUGUGAUGUUCUGUGACUUUAAAGAAUUUGUUAUUAUUAUUAAUUAUUAUUAUUAUUCAAAGAAUUAUCAAUAGUAAUUUUUUUAAAAUAAACAAAUAUUUAAUGAAGCUUAAAAUUUAAAAAUGAGUAAAGAAAUUACAGACGAACAAACUACUUCAAAAAAUACGAGUUUACAUAAUUUUGAUCUUCAUUGUAUUCGUCCAACAAUAAAAGAUGUUAAUAAUGAAAGUGUAUCAAAAAUUGCUAAAAGAUAUAAACAUCCAAAAGACAAUUACAAUAACGAUUUGAAAAGUGAUGGAUUUUAUGUAAAUGUAAAACAUUUAACGGCAAAUAAUAUUUUAGGUUACUUUCAAGAUCAGGAAAUUAAAUUGAAUAUUUUAAAAAAAUUUAAAACUUUCAAUAAAUUAGUAGAGAUAACAUUUCACGAUGUGCAAUUGGAAAAAACUCAAGUUCAAACUGAUUGUAAUUUAAAAAUUACAACAAUUUCAAUUUUAUUAGAAAAUAAAGUUAUUUGUAAAACAAAAUAUCCUUUUAAUCGAAAAGUUCAUAAAUUGUUAUUUCAAAAUAAAUCAUUAAAUUACAAUGAUUUAUUAAUUCAAGUUAAUGCACAUGGAGGAAUUUACAGUAGACUUCCUCUAUAUGUGCCAAAAGUUGAUGAAAAAAAUAUGAAAAUUGAAGUACAAUUUGGAAUAAAUGAUGAUUUUGGAAAUCUUUUUUCUGGUACGAUAUUUUAUAGUGUAUCGUCAUCUAAUCAAGAACAAUAUUCUGAAGUUGAACAAACGUCAUAUGUUUAUCCUGUACUAAAUGAUCCAAAUGAUCCUAGUCAUAAUAUAUUUUAUUUCCGACCAAUUCAACAAAUUAAAAAAAAUAUAGGAUAUUUUCUACUAGAACAUUUUUCUUUAAAACUUAGAGAGACUUUUAGAAAAGAGAAUAUACAUGAAAGAAAUCAAUCUAAAUCAUCUCAAAUUUCAGUAUCGGAGAGUAAUAUGUCAUUGCUUGGUCUUCGAAAUUUUAUACAGGGAAAAAAACCUUUGGAACUUCAAGAAAUGUCGAGAAGUUAUAUUAAUAAAAAGCCUGUUCUAUCAAUUACAAUAUUAAGAGGAGUUGAAAUUCCUGUAAGAGAGGAAUCGGCAACAGUUGAACCUUUGGUAGAAAUUCAAUGGGGUGAUACUUUUCGAUUAACAUCACCAGCAGAUGGACCAGCUCCUGUAUGGCAUGAAAUUCUUUCCUUUCCAGUACUUAAAAUUUGUGAUCAAAAAUAUAUUGAUAUACGACUUUUUGAUCAACAUCCAAUUUGGGGUUUACAAUGGCUGGGCGAAUGUAAAAUUCCUAUCGAAUGUUAUGGAGAAUAUGAAGAAUUUGAACGAUGGGUUGAUUUAUCACCUCUUCAAAGUCCAUAUUUGACUUUUGGAUAUGUACAGGCCAGUCCCGGACAAUCGUCGACAAGAAUUUCCAUGUUAAUGAAAAUGGAGAACAUGAAUGUAGAUGAUGAAGUGGAUUUAAGAAGUAUAGAUAAAUUAUGUAAAAAAAUUCAAAGUUGUCUCGCAGUACCUCAUAAGAUAUCUGAAAUAAAUAAUGCCAAAGAAGCGUCACAAUUAACAAUGCUAUUAUCAUCGUUGUCAGUUCAUCGUGGACUUGUUACCCCAAGGCAAUCUUUAAAUUUAGGAAAAGUUGAUUAUUACGGUCGAGCAGCUUUAUUAACAUCACUACUACAAGGACUGGGUCAAAAAGCAUACGUGCUGUUAGGUUCAUCUCAGAUAAGAAAAUGGUCUGCAUUUACUUUAACUCUUAAUGAAGAUACUAACGAAACUAUUAUAUGGGACCCAGAGAGUGGAAGCUGUAGUGAGCUUGGAGAAAGCGGAAAUUUAUUGAUAAAAUGUUUUCGCCUAAUCAAUCAUGAGAAUAUUUGGGAAAACACUCAAACGACCAUAUCACCAGUUGAUUUGAACUGUAAUCCAAAAUUAAAUAAGGACUGGAGACCGCUUACUUUUAAUAUUCAUUUCGAAGAUCGACCGAUUCAAAUCUUAGAGCUUCAUACAACGCACGAGACACAAUUUUCAGAAUUACAAAAUCAAAUUGAACAACAGAUAAAAGAGAAAUUGUGUCAACUUCGUAAAAAAUUGGGUGUGCCAACAGUUUUCAAUCGUCAUGCAUCCACAAUUUUGCAAGAAUUUCUUUUAAAAAUUAAUUCAGAUUCAUAUGUAAAAUUUGAUAAAACUGAACUAAAGCCACUCUAUAGAGCAUAUUAUACUCAUGGAAUAAUAUUAAAACUUCGAAACAUGAACACAGAAGAUAUAUGCAAAUCAUUAUUGUCGACUAAAAUUCAUUUAUCUUCAGGUUCUGUAGAAUAUGGUCUAAAAUGUCAUUUGCAAUAUCAUUUAGGUAAUAUUUAUACAAUUUGGCUAGCUCUAGUUAUUUUAAAAAAACGAAAAUAAGUUGAAAUUAAGUAUCCAGGAUGAUUCGUACGAAAUUUGAAAUUCGUUUCGAAUUUGUGUUAAAGUCUUAUAAGAAUUCAUGUGUCGUUUUGAAACUGAAUUCGUUCGUAGUUCAAUCGUAAUUCGUGAAAUUUUAUUAGAAAAAAGGAUACAGAAUUGAUAAAAAAAAAAUAUUCCACAUGGAAAUUCGAAUGGAAUUCUGUCCGUAAUAUAUACGGUAAAUUUUUUAAAAUUCAAGUUCAAUUUUUUGUACGAAUUCCGUAGGUUUUUUUAAAAGGAAUUACUCUCGUAAUUUUUGUUAUAAAUUUUUCUUUUUAAAUUCAAUCAUUUCUUUUUUGUAGAAAUUUUUUUUUGAUAUUUGUGUGAAUUACUGACGAAUUUUCUUAAUAAUCUUUUUUUAAAUUCCGCUAGAAAUUCGAAAUAAAUUUCGUAAUUAUUAUAGGCCGUAAGUAAACAUCUAAAUUAUAUUGCAGAAAAAAAAUUUUAAAAAAAUUAAUAAGUUAAUAUUAUUUCUGGUUUGUUAAAUAAAUUUUUACAUUUUAUUUACAAUUUUUGCUGAAUUUAUUUCUUUAAACUCGAAAAUUAAAUUCUAUAUACACAACUUAUAUUAUUUGCUUAUUAAUAAAAUUCUUCUAUUAUAUUAAGUUAAGAAAUUUCCAAAAGCGACACCGACACCGUGACCUCGACACCAUCCUUGGAAAAACUAUUUUGACUUAUUUUCAAAUAAAGCAAAAUACUUUACCAUAUGCUUUUAGAAAAUCUUACAUACUUUUUUUAAAAAACAAGUUUUUUCAAUUUUUUAACCCGAAAAAGGGUUAUUUUGCAUUUUCAUUCCAAAAAAGGGUUAUUUUGCAAUUUUAUGCAAUUUUUUACGAAUUUUUGGAUAUAUACCUUUAAAAUUACUCUAUUUUUAAAAUAUUAGUUAUAAACAAUUUUUUUUGGUUUUUUUUAUUAUUUAUUGUUGUUUUUUAAAUUUUUAGUUAGGAACCUAUAAUAUUGUGCCUAAUUUUAAGUGUCAUUGAAAUCAAUUGUUUUUAACUUAAUAAUUUUAACAUUUCUUAUUUUUAAUCGAAACAUCUUCUAUUAUAUUAAGUUAACUAAUUUCCAAAAGCAACACCGACACCGUGACCUCGACACCAUCCUUGGAAAAUCUAUUUUCACUUAUUUUCAAAUAAAUCAAAAUACUUUGCCUUAUGCUUUUAGAAAAUCUUACAUACUUUUUUUUGUAACAAAUUUUUUCAAUUUUAACCCGAAAAAGGGUUAUUUUGCAUUUU